GCUUCAAGAAUGGCACACAAUAACGCCAUUGUACGGAACAAGACAAUCAUUCAAGAAAUUCUAUCCGCAGAUCCCCAAUUCAUACUCGACAAAGUGAUAGAGAAAAAACUGAUAACCGGCCGCGAAUACACAAUAAUAAAAACCAUCAGUAAGGGGAACGCAGAGGAUCUUGUUAUCAAGCUCGUGGACACGCUGAUCAACAAAGGAGUCCAAAUACAAUCAGAGUUCAUUGGUAUUCUACAGGAUGAGAUCGUCCUAGAAACGUAUCCCAGGCUUAAAGACGUGGAAUGGGGAGACAGUGGAUCUACCGCCUCAUCGAGCAGUUUAAAACGCUCCGCUGAGAGGAGUUUGAGUAAAGAUGCACCAGAGACCAAAAGCCAAAAGACGGAUGACAAAUAUCCGAUAACCAGCAAACCCACCGGUCUCUGUGUGAUCAUUAACAACGAGAACUUCCAUGACAAAACUAAUAGAAGUGGAACAGAGAAGGACGCUGAAAGCCUGGCCGACGUGUUCAGCUGGCUUGGCUUCCAGGUGCUGAUGUGUAAGGACCAAGCGGCGAGCGACAUGGCCCAGGUCACGAAGCUGCUGGCGGACCUGGAGGACCUGGCGGGGCUGAAGACGUUCAAGCUGGAGGUGUUGUCCGACGGCAGGUUCACCCCACUGAGCGUGCUCCCGCAGCACGGCGACGCCUUCGUCUGCUGCGUCCUGAGUCAUGGCGAAGAGAAGGUGGUCUUGGGCGUCGACCGCAAGCUGCUGGCCAUCAGCGACAUCACCUCGGCUUUCAACGGAGAACACUGCCCGGCUCUGCUUGGGAAGCCCAAGGUGUUCUUCAUCCAGGCCUGCCAGGGGCAUAGUCUCCAGGCAGGAUUUGCUGUGGAUGACUCUAUUUCUCAGAGGCAGAUGAAGGAAGACUAUCACCCGAUAGGCGCUGAUUUCCUGGUUUCCAAGGCCACGGUUGGAAAGUACCAAUCACUUAGACACCCUAUAAGCGGCAGCAUUUUCAUCCAGUCUCUGUGUGAGCAACUUCGCAAGGGAUGCAACAGGGGUGAAGAUAUCUUGGAGAUUCUUGUCCGCGUAAACGCUGACGUAAGCAAGAAAGAUUUUGUUAAAACAAAAGAUCAGGAGAAGGUAUGGAAGCAGAUGCCUGAAUUUGGAAAUGUGACCCUGAACCGCAAACUUGUGUUCUCGCCGUGUUCCAGCUGAGAAAACAAAACAAGGCUGGCACAUAGACCACAACACACAUUUCUAACAGUUUCCUUUGUUCUUUCCAUCCUUUAUUCAAUCACAAAAUACAUUACACACACACAACUUGUGUUUUUAAGUUUUUCCUUUUAGGAGGAAGAUUUUUUUAAAGUACACAAUUUACUUUUUAUACUCUUUUAUAAGCCUUACUUUCCUUGGUUUUUACGGUGUGAACUGU